AUGGAUAAUUUGCUAUUAAAUAUAGACUUCAACAAAGGAGGCAAUAAUAAAGAGCCAGCUGGAGCUAAAACUAACAAUAAAAACAAAGAUAAGUAUAAGAAAAAUAAGUAAAAGAUUAUUAACAAGAAAAUUGAGAGGCAUAAUAAAACUAGCGACGGCCAACCACGCACUUUUAAUAAUCAGACUUAGGGUGAUAGAUUUAACAAAAAUAAACCAUUUCAGCAAAGACCUUAACAUUAGUCACUAUUAGUCGCUGAGAAAUAACCAGAGUUGGUGAGCGAAGCCAUUGUAGAGGAGCAAUAGCAACAAGAACCAGUAUAAAUAAAUUAGAUAAAGCGACAUUUGGGAAUUUCUGAUAAGUCAAAGUAAAUUAAAAAGGAAUACAAAGAAGCGCUUGCUGAUAAAACAGUGAAGUUUGACGGUGAUGAUGACUACGAUAUAGAAUUAAAUCCAAUAUUGCCUAAUGAAAAGAAAGUGAAGUAUCAAAAUAGAGACAAGAAAUAGGAUUAGGAGAUUAAAGAGGAAGAGAAAACAGAAUAAUAAGCAGCUAAAGUACCCUUUGUUGAGGAAGUAUUAGUGAGAGAGGAAGCAGAAGUAUUUACUGGUGAUAAAUUCUCUGAUCUACCUCUAAAUGAUAAGCUUAAGCAAGUCCUAUAGGAAAACAAUUUUGAGAAAUUAACUAAUAUUCAGAAGAGUGCAAUCCCUGUUAUAUUGAAGCAUUAGAAUGUAGUCUUGAAAUCUGAGACAGGAAGUGGAAAGACUCUAGCUUAUCUUGUCCCACUUCUUGAAUAUCUAUCAUACAUUUCAUUGAACAAGGAGAAGAUUACUCGUGAGAAUGGUACUUAUUGUGUCAUAUUCUCACCAACAAGAGAGCUCUGUCUUCAAAUUGAGAUAGAAAUGAAGAAGUUACUUAAACUAUUCUAUUAUGUUGUUUGUGGUACAAUCACUGGAGGUGAAAACCCGAAAAAAGAAAAAUCAAGAAUCAGAAAAGGAUUGACUGUGAUAAUAUGCACACCAGGUAGAUUUUUAUAUCAUUUAGAGAAUAGUUCAUGCUUAAAUUUCAGUAGACUAUGUUAUUACAUUUUUGAUGAAGCUGAUAGAAUUCUAGAUUAGGGAUUUGAAAGAGAAAUGAAUAAGUGUUUGAGUAUGAUCAAGAAGAAGGUACCUGAAAAAUUCAAGACUAAAGGUGAUGAUUGUUUUUGGAGUGAUAGUAUGAGGAUAAAUUUUGUAUCAGCUACAAUCAAUAGUAAAGUUGAAGCAUUAGGAUCCAAACUCAUGGAGAACUAUGAAAAAGUUGGUUUUGAUUUGAGUGUUUCUUCUGAAAUGGAAGUUGUUGCAUAAAUCCCUAAAUAAAUCUAGCAGUUCUUUGUAGAGAUUCCCACACAAUACAGGCUAUUAUAUUUACUUGCAUUCCUAUAUACACAUUAACAAGAAAAGGUUUUAGUCUUUGUUAGUAAUUGUGAGCAUGUAAACUUCCUUUAUCAUUUGAUCAAUAAUCUUAAUUGGAAUAAAUUUGGUAAAAGAGAGGAUGACUAAAACAAGAAUGAAAAUGAAGAAUAAAAGGUAGAUACUCUUUGUGGAGGACAUAUUUACAAACUUCAUGGUGAUAUGGAUCAUAAUGAGAGGAAAAAGAAUUACUUUGGCUUUGAUAAAGCUGAUUCAGCAAUUCUAAUAUCAACUGAUGUUGCUUCAAGAGGUCUUGAUUUUAAACAUGUGGAAUGGAUCCUUCAAUAUGAUUUAUCAAGUCAAAUUAAGGAAUAUGUAAAUAGAGUAGGUAGAACUGCAAGAAUUGCAACAACAGGGUAAUCUCUAUGCUUUAUGAUGCCUUAAGAAAAAGGAUAUAUCAAACAUCUCAAGACGAAAUACGGUUUUGAAAUUCAUUAGAGAGACAGAUUUAACUUAAUAAAGCUAUUCUAAAAGAAAGUAUAGGAACUCAAACCAGAGGCAAAACUUAUUUUCAAAUCUCUUAAAAAUAUUGAAGAUGAAGAUGAAUAGUAAGAAGCCAUUCAUAGAUUGAGAUACUUAGUCAGAAGCACUAUGGAAUAAGAUGGAUUGAAUCUAAUUUCGAUGGCUUAAAUAGCAAAGAAUUCCUCUACAAGAGCUUAUGCUGGGCAUUCUCAUGAGAUGAGGCAUGUAUUUGAAAUCAACAACCUGAAUCUUACAGAAUUCGCAAGAUCAUUUGCACUUUACAAGAAUCUAAUGAGUGUAGGCCUCCCGCAAUAUGGCAAGAAAGAGGAAAAGAAGAGAACUCACUCAAAGAGAGAUGAUAAGAAUAAUCAAUCAGAAAAGACUGUGAAUAUGGAUGAUGAAAAGAUGUUUUCUAAGAGACUUAAGAAGUCUCAGCAAAAAGGAUUAGAGAAGAAGCUUAAUGUGCUAACAGAUGUUAAUCAGAAGGAGAGAGUUAUGGGUAUGAUCAGCGACUUGAAAAGAGCUGUGUAUGUCAAUGAGGACAAAGUAGCAUUAAGAAAGAAAAAUUUCGAGAAAGCAAGACAUAGUGUAGGCAAAAAAGUUCUCAGCGAGUUCAUCUGA